AUGGAACACUUGGACCUGUCAAACAGUAACUUAUAUUCCAUCCCAAGUAGAGGCCUCAGGGCACUCUGGAAGUUGCAGGUUCUCCUUCUGAGAGACAAUUACAUCAGCCGAAUUGAGGAGAGAGCAUUCGUUUCCCUAGAAAGACUCCAUAAACUUGAUAUCUGUGGAAAUGAUAUUUCGUUUCUCGGAAACAGUUUUUCGCUGGGACUCAUUUCUCUCCACGAACUCAGUUUGGCCUCCAAUAAGCUGCAGAAGCUGCACUACAAGAGCUUCAGGAAUUUUGAAAACCUUCAGAAGCUGAACUUGCAAAACAAUAAUAUAUCCUCUAUAGAGACAGGUGCUUUUCGCAGCCUCACCCGCCUGCGUCAACUUUAUCUUCAGAACAACCACCUUCACACCCUCCACAGCGGGAUAUUUUCUAUGCUGCAGCACUUAGAGGUUUUGAACUUGGAGGGCAACGUGAUCAGACACAUUGCUCCAGGAGCCUUUGCUUCGUUGAGCAGCCUCACGAUACUGAACUUGGUCCAUAAUAAAAUUGAACAUAUUCGAUUCAAGACGUUCCUUUCUCUCCAGACUCCUGGAACUCACAUCUUGCUCUCAGACAAUCCGUGGUUUUGUGACUGUGACCUUCAAAGGGUUUUUGCAAAACUGCACAGCGUCCGGAGGCUGAUAUUGGAUGACUACCAGAACGUGACGUGCUUGGAGCCCCAGGUCCUGAGAGACCUUCCUCUGUCCUCUGUGGAUGCCCAGCUGUGCAUUGCAGAGACGGUGACAGUUCUUGUCAUAACAUUCACAGUCUUUGUUACGGUGGUGGCUGCCAUUGUCAUGGCGGAAAGGAACAGGAAGAAAAGGACAGGCAAACACUGGAGUGAGGACAGCGAGGUCUCCUAUGAAUCUCAUCACUGA